UUUUCAAAGCAGAGAAACGUUCGACUUGAGCAAUGCAUAUUUGUGUAAUUGUUCUUUUACAAUACGAUAAUGAUGUCAAUGAUCGACAAGAAUCUUAACUAAUUUCGCAGUUAGACAUGUCAGCUAGUUUCACAGAAAUAUAUCUGCCCAUGACGAUGCAUCGGGCGAUAUACACAUGGUCAUUUUAAACAAUAUUAUUGUGGGAAAUAGCUGGAAAUCCACUUUCUGGGCUUGUGAUUUUCUUGGGGAGCUUUCCCUCAGGCCACCCUAGAAAGGUCGCUUACUUGUUCUCAACACCAGCGCAACACCUCCCCGCCCCUCCCCAAAAAAGUGCACAUAACGAACGAAACCGGGGGUUGUUUAAAAGCUGGUCAGCGCAUCAGAAUCCAUCAGCGUAACCCUAUUCUAAAGUUUUGAAAUAAAAAGACAUGCAGAAAUAGACAAAUCAAAACGACAGGUACUACGCCUCUACUAUACAAAAGAACACAAUACAGCAUUUGGUUUUUAAUAUUUUACUUUACAACAUAUUCAAGUGGAGUAAUUCUCUGAUUAGCCGGAAUAAACACAACUUCAUUUUCAAACCAAUAUGUCUCUUCACAUUCUACGCUAUCAAUAUCAGAAUCACAGUCAAUAUACGUAUUUUUAUCAUCCUUCCCAUCUUGGCUUGUUCCCUUCUGCUUUUUAUUUUUGCCUUUCGAAAGCUGUUUAUUUCUUUCUGAGAGUUCGCUUAUAUCGUGUUUUGUGUCGGACCGUAGCCUUCGCUUUUUAUUUUCUGGCGAUCUUUUUGUUUCAUCAAUUUCGUCCUCACUUUCUUCGCUUGUAGAAUUCUCGUUCUGUUGAAGUGAGCUCUUUUCUACUAGCUUGAGAAAAUGAUAAAAUCGCUCCCGUGUAUGUUUUUGGCGAGAUUUUAGAUUCAUUCGUUUUUCAACUCCGUCGGCCAUAUUGGAUUUUGAUGCUUCCACAUAUAAUUCCUGCAAAUUGUGUGACUUUUUUGUGAAAUAUUUUACCUAGUUUUACCACGUUUUCUAACUAAAUUCUUAAACAGAACUACAUUUUGUAUCGGGAAUUGCGAAAAUGUGAGAUGAAAACUAAAAAUAAUGCCUGUUUUCAUAUAAUAAUUCGAGACUUUUGAGUCAUUCGAAGAUUUUGAAGUACUUUUUAUUUCUAGUACUCAGGCUCCUUGUGUGGACACGGACGUACUGUUGCUAUAGCAACUGACGUAUAAAUGUGAUUUUUAGUGAAAUUUAGACGAUACUUUGUAGUAUUUUACAAAAUUUUGAUGUAAAUUGUUGAAAAAUUACUUGGGUUUUUUAUUUAGUGGUUUGAAGUGAAUAUAAUUACUUAGUUGGUGUUAUUUGCGUUAGGAAAAAUGAAAAAAACGGGCGGAAAAGGAGCCAAAACAGUGAGUCAAAAUCGUUUGUUUUUAUAGUUUACAAAGCUGCGCGGUAGUUUUGGUGUUUCAAUAAAGACUUUUCUCUUUAAAUAUUAUGAAGGCUUCAUAUAAAUACAAUCCUUUGUCUCUCAUGCAAGUAGUUAUUUGUAUAAAUGAUAUCUGCAUGCCUUAAUUUACAUGACUGAGUGAAAUUAUCGGUAUUGGAACGUUUAUAUAAAGGUGUACUAUAUAUAAACAAUAAGAAUCUACUGAAAUGUUUAUUGAUCAUUUUGUAAUUUCAGGACAAAAAGUUGUCAACGGCUGCUCCCAAUCAAAAUGUCAAGCCAGCUUCUAAAGGAGUUUCAAAGGCAAAGAAAAAGGUGAAAUUUAUUUGUAUUCAAGUGCUUUAAUAAUGAUCGAGCCAUAAUUGAACACAGCCACCCUGUCCAGCUUUGAACAACCGGACCCAGGGGCCAGGCGCUAACCCUUGGUUAAAAUUUAACCUGUUGUUUUGGUUUGUGUAUUUCUGCACGUAUAUUUAAAAACUUCGGGAGAGAAAAAACUCUUAUGGAUCUAGCUGGCACGAUUUCUGAAGAAAUAUUUCCAAGUUUAUGAACAAGCUACUGGGAAAUUUGCUUUGAAAUUUAAGUUAACUUACUGCCUGCCUGCCUGCCUGCCUGCCUGCCUGCCUGCCUGGGAAUAGCAUGCAUUGUAGCAAGAAGUGUGAUUUAUUACAUGCCUCGAUUAAGCUGCAAUGUACCCUCAGGUGAGCAAAGUCCUCUCAUAUUUCUUCUUGGCACGGCACAGAGAAGUGAGAUAGACUCUGCAGAACUUGUGUAUAAAUUCAUUUGAGCAGGUGCGAAGGUUGCUAAGCAACUGCCUUUAAUAAGUAGUUUCCGGUUCGGUUGUUUACGACAUCAAAACCGGUUAUAAAACCAGUAUCAAACCUGAAAUUACGCAUAAUUAUCCAAAUUUUUGGAUUGUCUGCUCCACAAAGAAUAUACACAAGUUCUGCAGAGUCUCUCUCGCUUCUCUGUGCCGUGCCGAGAAGAAAUACAAGAGGACUUUGCUCGCAGGGUAGCUGCAAGACAAUUAUAUAUUUCAAUACCGGUACAAAUUAUGGAGCAAUAAAAGAGUCUAACAUUUUUAUAUUUAGCGACACAACAAUUGCAUUGCCAAGGUACGUGCCUUCAAUUUACCAAAUUAAAAUUUCAUCAUUUAGGAAGAAGAAGAUUCCACUCAAGCAGGAGAUGAGUUUGAUGAAUGGACACAGGUAAGUUGAAAAUAUAUUUAAACCAGUGCCAGUGCGUUCUCCUUAAUUGACAAGUAAAAUUGUCUGGCGUUAGACAGAGUAAAUAAUAAAAUUAAGCCUUAAAUGGGGCACAAUGAAACUUAAUGGGUUAAUGUACAGAACUCUUCCCUUGAUAAGUAAAAUCAUUUGGCACAAUUAAGGCAGAAGAGUAUGAUAGUAAAGUAAGGUGCAUUAGGGUGCUGCAAUAUCAUAGAAUAGAGACCUUUAAUUGGUUUUUCGGUUUUUCCAUUGAUAACCAUUGCAGUGCUGACUAUCUUGCCAUGUUUUCAGCCAGUGUGCUUUUGAGAGGUAUUCACCCAGGCCUGAAAAUAUUUAAAAUGGCAGACAUCCAAGGGAUUAAUGCUGUUCAUAAGCACACUGGUUAGGAACAUGGGCCCGAGUGCAUUUUGAUGACGAAUCAUGGCAUGGCAGUGGUUAUGCUUUCUGGGCUGAGUCAGCUUUUUUUAUGGUCUUUAUUCUGUUGCAAUAUAUAGCACUACUUUAACCCAUUAAGCUGCAGAGCUUCCCUACUGAUGAGUAAAAUUGUCUGGCUUUAGGCAAGUAAAAAAAUAAGCAGGGCACACUGGGGUGCAUUGCUGCUCAAAAGGUUAACUGGAGACAUUGUCAGAGUUUUUGGUUAACCCAUUAAGCUGCAGAGCUUCCCCACUGACGAGUAAAAUCGUCUGGCAUUAGACAAAUAAAACAAAGUGGGGCGCACUGGGACGCAUUGUGGCUUAAUGGGUUGAAGGAUUUAAAUACAAACCGUAUAUCAUAAACUAUCGCGUUUUAGCCGAAGCAGCUGAUAAAACCAAGUGACCAGUUGGAAUUGACUGAGGUUGAAUUAAAAGAAGAGUUCACCAGAAUUUUAACAGCAAACAAUCCCCAUGCACCCAAUAACAUUGUCAGAUUCAGUCACAAGGACAAAACGUUCAAGCCUCUUUCAAGCGUCGAUCAGCUGGCUAUUCAUUUUUCAAUGGAUGGGUAUGUUGUCUGCACAUUUGUAUUGAUACUGGAUAUAACUGAUUUGAGAGCAGGGACUUGGCCAGGAUUAGAAAUCUGGCCCAUGCAAACGUGCUACUGCUGCGCCGGGCCUGCCCCACUCCUGGAAAAAGAUGUGUUUAAUUCCCUUUGAAUAAUGUUGUAGUCAAAUGUUUAAUCUUCAAAAGAACACAUGUAAAACAGCACUCAAAAUUGGAUAGCAUGGUUGCAUUCAUGCAUGACCUUGCUAACAUAAUCACCAAAGUUAUUCUUAAAAUCAGCACUUAGAAUACUAAAUCUUUUGCAAAUACAUGUAUAAGAAACUGUAAGUUGUUUGCUUGUUGGAUAUCAAAUAUGUUAUAGCAAAUGUAAGCUUAUAUAGUCAGGGUGUGAUAAUUCGCGUACUUACGUACCUGAGACCUGUACGCCAAUAUUACUGUCUGGACAGUCUGGUACUUCUUUGUUUUCAGCCACGUACCACGUAGGUACGCGGAACUCUUGUUAUCUGCGUACUUAUUUUUUGCUGGUACCACAUGACCUUUCCAAGUCCAAGGUAUUCAAUACCGUAAUUUAGUUGGUAUAUCAUGUGUCUGAGAUGUCUUGGCAUGAAACAUGAUUGCACUGAUGGCACUAAGAAACGUUGGAGUCGGUUGUUUGAAAUAUCAAAACUCCCUUUUCAAAUAGCAAAACUCCCUUUUCAAAUAGCAAAACUCCCUUUUCAAAUGGCAAAACUCCCUUUUCAAAUAGCAAAACUCCCUUUUCAAAUAGCAAAACUCCCGUUUCAAAUAGCAAAACACCCUUUUCAAAUAGCAAAACUCCCUUUUCAAAUAGCAAAACACCCGUUUCAAAUAGCAAAACACCCUUUACAAAUGGCAAAACACCCCGCUUUUCAAAUGGCAAAACACCCUUUUCAAAUAGCAAAACACCCUUUUCAAAUAGCAAAACUCCCUUUUCAAAUAGCAAAACUCCCGUUUCAAAUAGCAAAACACCCUUUUCAAAUAGCAAAACUCCCGUUUCAAAUAGCAAAACACCCUUUUCAAAUAGCAAAACUCCCUUUUCAAAUAGCAAAACACCCGUUUCAAAUAGCAAAACACCCUUUACAAAUGGCAAAACACCCUUUUCAAAUAGCAAAACACCCUUUACAAAUGGCAAAACUCCGUUUGCUACCUCGUAGUCUGAACAUACUUUUCAGAAACCUGUACUUUGUGAACCUUAUUUUGAAGACUAAGUACACAUUGAGUACUGAGUUUGUUCUAGCGCAAGUACACUGUACGCGGCAACAACCAUUGGCGUACCAGUCCGGUACGACUAGAAAUCUUGAAUGAUCGCACCCAGAUAUUAUAGUUGUAAAUGUCCUCAAUCAAAAAUACCUGUCCGAAAGACGGGUGGACAGGCCUCUGCAUGCAGCUAAACCCAUGUUUGAGAGCCUUACUGUUACACCUGUAUUCUAAAAGCUUAUUCACACUCGAAGAGCACUUGGAAGUUCAAUCUGAGCUUCCCUUGAGUGCCAUUGCUGUUUUUGAAUAGCUGGAGUGUUAGUGGACAUCAUAUACCUUCCUAAGUGACUACUCACCCUCCAGUUAUUCAAAAACAGCAUUGACAUUCAAGAAAAGCUCAGAUUGAACCUCCGCUCUUUGAGCGUGAGUGAGCUUUUGGAAUACAGGAGUUAGUAUGGUACAGCCUUUAACAUCCAAUGGCCAUCAUUUUUUAACGAGCAGUCGUUUUGUUAUUUGUAGCAACAUGUUGCAUAAGGAAUCAGAUGAAGCGAAGAGACAGCUAACGAAACAGGGAGUCGCUGUUGGUCAGUAAAUUUUGUUUUAACUUGUUACGUACAUACUAAAGUUUCUUAAAAAUUCUGUUGAAGAAGAAAUUGGCUGAAACUACAGUUUGAAAUAUUAAGUGAUGUUGUAAUAAUCUUGUGUUGAAUAUUCUAGGAUCUGACAGUGAAGAGGAAGAUGAAAAUGAAGAAGAUACGACUGAAGCUGAUGUAAGCUAGAAUAGAACAUGAAUUUUAAGCUGAUAUUGACUGAUGGAUAAGAGCAUCUACUUGACUGGUAGAAUCGCAGGGCUCGAAAUAACGGCCGAUCAACGAUCAAUGAUCGGCAGGAAAUUGCUUUUGAUCGGCAGAGAAGCAAGAUUGUCGAUCAUCUUGAUCGGCAAGAACCAUCGUCUCAAAAACAUUGUUAAUGUCGUUAACAAACACCAUGCAAUACUACGGUAUUAUCACAGAACAUAUAAACGGAACGUAUCCUAUAUACUGAUUGGCCAGAUUUUCAUUUGAUCGGCAGAAAAUCAUGACUGCUUAUCAACAUGAUCGGGAACGUUGAAAACGUUAUUUCGAGCCCUGGAAUCGUCUGGCAUUAGACAGAGUAAAAUAUCAAUAUCAUUUUAUGGCCAACAGGAUUAUGCCCCGGAGAUGGCAAAUUAAUCUAUUAAUUGUGCAACACUCUCUCCAUGAUUGGCAUGACAAUCAUUAAAUUUUUCUCUGGCAUUAGAGUACUCUGUCUAAUCAUUAGACAGAGUAAAAUAUUAAUACUUACUUGCUACUGCAUUACUUGACAUUAGACAAAGUACUAAGCAAUAUAAGAGGGCGAAUUAUAUAGCCUUGUCAAGUCUAUUGGUUAAAAAUAGAUAUGCAUGACUCUAUAGCAAAACUCACUUGAUUGUUUCUAUUUUUCUCUAUAGACGGAAGGCAAGGAGGCGGAGAAAACUGAGGCGUCUACAGCACCACAAACAGAAAAGAAACUGACCAAUCAAUUCAACUACUGCGAGAGAGCUUCACAGACGUACAACAAUCCUUACAGGGUAACAGAUUAUCUUCUACUUAUUAAUGGAGUCAGGCUCGGUUGUUUUCAGGAUCGAUGUUUUCAGGCCGGUGUUUUUAGGUCUGUGUUUUAAAGGUCGGUGUUUUCAGGAUCAAUGUAAAAUAACAAAUCAGGGUGCAUCUGAGCACAAUGCAAUUUAAUAAGUUACACAGCUCAUCGAGAUUUUAGAAUUAAAUGUAAUCAAACUAGGAAUUUUGACAUUCCGAUAUACGACUAUAUUUUUUUUUUAUUACUAGGAGCGUGAAACUCAGACUGAGCCUCCUCCCAGGGCGAAUUUCUCAGCUACAGCUAAUCAGGUUUGUAUAUAUCUUAUAAAUCUGUUAUCCCCCAAACUUUUUUUCUAUGAAAGUCCGCCUUGCACACAACAGGUAAUGCAUCCUGUAAAUUUUCUUGCGUGAUAUUCAGAUAAUUUCUUUUUCUUUGUUACAGUGGGAAAUCUACGAUGCCUAUGUCGAAGAUCUUCGGAGACAGGUGAGUCAUGGUUAUUCAUGCAUGUUCUACAUUUAUUUAUAAAGGUCGGGCACACUAUUGCAAAACAGUAAAAAUCACACGUCGUCCAGUACUCCCGUAGCGACUAGAUUAAUAUUAACACACAGAGAACUAAAUAAGAAUUUAUGCUGUGACGUUGCAACAUUUUCUGCAAUGCUAGUAAGUUAAAGUACUGUAAAUGUUGUGAAUUAAUCCUCAUGCAAAGAAAUCGCGUAGUUGCAAACACGAGGCGUGCGGUAAAACAAAUGAGACGCGUGGCAAAUUGCGCAUUUUGACGAGGUAAGGCGUGUGCAGAGGUGCGCAUGGCAUCAAAGGGCGAGGCCUGAGUUAUAACUUUAAAAAAUACAUUAUUGGUAUACAGCUAUUAUGAUUUAUGCCUGUAUUCUAAAAGCUCACUCACGCUGCACACUCGAAGAGUGGAGGAUCAAUCUGAGCUUUCCCAUGAGGUUCAGUGCUGUUUUUGGAGUACCUGGAGGGUGAGUAGUCACAUAGUAAAAUACGAGACUAACCCUCCAGCUGUUCAAAAACAGCAAAGACACUCAAGGGAAGCUCAGAUUGAACCUCCACUCUUUGAAUGUGAGUGUGAGUGAGCUUUAAGAAUACAGGCGUUAGUGUGAAUCCAAAUGGCAAGACUGCUCGCCUAUAUUAACAAAGUUUACAUGCCUGCUUUCUUACCAAAUUCCUAGCGUGAAUACAUGUCCUUAUACCUUCCUAUAUAUACAAUCCUAUCCAACCAUUUUCUCUCCAGGAGAAGAACAAGGAAAAGGAAACAAAGAAAGCGAACAAGAAAGAUGAUGACAAGAAAAAGAAGAUGAGCCAGAUGGAAAGUCAGGUGCGAUCCAAAUUUGAUUCCAGCAAUACCUUAGUUGGAGCCUUAGUUUUACCUCCGUAUUACAUAUGAAAAGAGUGCUUUCUGUUUGACUCGGAAGAUUAUACCAGGAGUACUACCGCGGCUUAGUGCCAGCUGAGCUACAGUACAUGUAAACUGAAACUUUUGAUCAAGUCACCUGACAUUGUUUUGCGUACUAAACUGCAAAGUUUAUUUAUUACUAAAGUAAAUUUAUUACUCCAUUUUAUUUUCAAUAAAGGUCCAUACAAUUUCCAUUCUAUGGAUUUUCAAUUUUUUCCAGUGUGUAAUUAGUGAACAGACUAAGUUAUAUUUUAAUAACGUAUUCAUUUCUUGUCCAGGGGGAUGAUGUGACGAGAAUUGCCAGACCAGCCAAGAUAGUUGAACGUAUGGUGAAUCAGAACACAUACGACGAAUAUGCACAAGGU